GCUGUCAGGAUGAGGAGGCGGAGGUCGGCGUUCGGGUCCGUCUCUGCCCGCGGCUGUGGCGGCGCCGGCGGCUCCAGCCUUAGCGGUUCCUCCCUGGGCGGCGGCGGCGGCGGCUCGGUCGACGCCUCCUCCGCCAGCUGAGCCCGCGGGAGCCCGGAACGCCGCUUCCCCGCCCAUCCCCGCUCCCCGAGGCCGGCCGCCCGGCCAUGGCGCAGCCGGGCCCGGCUCCCCAGCCUGACGUUUCUCUUCAGCAACGGGUAGCAGAAUUGGAAAAAAUUAAUGCAGAAUUUUUACGUGCACAGCAGCAGCUUGAGCAAGAAUUUAAUCAAAAGAGAGCAAAAUUUAAAGAGUUAUAUUUGGCUAAAGAGGCACAAAGGAGUUGGAUGGGAGGAAAGCUAUAUUGGACUAAGGACAUGACAGCAGAUGGUAAUUCCAACCCGCAGGAUCAAGUGAAGAAAGCCAGACAUGAGGAUCUGAAGAGGCAAAAUGCAGUUUUACAAGCUGCACAAGAUGAUUUGGGACACCUUCGGACACAGCUGUGGGAAGCCCAAGCAGAGAUGGAAAAUAUCAAGGCCAUUGCCACAGUCUCUGAGAAUACCAAGCAAGAAGCUAUAGAUGAAGUGAAAAGACAGUGGAGAGAAGAAGUUGCUUCCCUUCAGGCUGUCAUGAAAGAAACAGUUCGUGACUAUGAGCACCAGUUCCAUCUUAGGCUGGAGCAGGAGCGAACACAGUGGGCACAGUAUCGAGAAUCUGCAGAGAGGGAAAUAGCUGAUUUAAGGAGAAGGCUGUCUGAAGGUCAAGAGGAGGAAAAUUUAGAAAAUGAAAUGAAAAAGGCCCAAGAGGAUGCUGAAAAACUUCGGUCUGUUGUGAUGCCUAUGGAGAAGGAAAUUGCAGCUUUGAAAGAUAAACUGACAGAGGCUGAAGACAAGAUUAAAGAGCUGGAGGCCUCAAAGGUAAAAGAACUGAAUCAUUAUCUGGAAGCUGAGAAAUCUUGUAGGACUGAUCUAGAGAUGUACGUAGCUGUUUUGAAUACUCAGAAAUCUGUUUUACAGGAAGAUGCUGAGAAACUUCGGAAAGAAUUGCAUGAAGUUUGCCAUCUCUUGGAGCAAGAGCGACAACAACACAACCAGUUGAAACACACGUGGCAGAAGGCCAAUGACCAGUUCUUGGAAUCUCAGCGUUUGCUGAUGAGGGACAUGCAGCGAAUGGAAAUUGUGCUCACUUCAGAACAGCUCCGACAAGUUGAAGAAUUGAAGAAAAAAGAUCAGGAGGAAGAUGAGCAACAAAGACUUAAUAAGAGGAAAGAUCACAACAAAACAGAUGUUGAGGAAGAAGUAAAAAUACCAGUAGUGUGUGCUUUAACUCAUGAAGAAUCUUCAGCGCAAUUAUCAAAUGAGGAGGAGCAUUUAGAUAGCACCCAUGGUUCAGUCCAUUCUUUAGAUGCAGACUUACUGUUGCCAUCUGGGGAUCCAUUCAGUAAAUCAGACAAUGACAUGUUUAAAGAAGGACUCAGGAGAGCACAGUCUACAGACAGCUUGGGAACCUCAGGCUCACUGCAAUCCAAAGCUUUAGGCUAUAACUACAAAGCAAAAUCUGCUGGAAACCUGGACGAAUCAGAUUUUGGACCGUUAGUAGGAGCAGAUUCGGUGUCUGAGAACUUUGAUACGGCCUCCCUUGGGUCAUUGCAAAUGCCAAGUGGGUUUAUGUUAACCAAAGAUCAGGAAAGAGCAAUCAAGGCGAUGACCCCAGAACAAGAAGAGACGGCAUCUCUCCUCUCUAGUGUCACGCAGGGCGUGGAAAGUGCCUACGUGUCCCCCAGUGGUUACCGCUUAGUCAGUGAGACGGAAUGGAAUCUCCUGCAGAAAGAGGUACAUAAUGCUGGAAAUAAACUUGGGAGACGUUGUGAUAUGUGUUCCAAUUAUGAAAAACAGUUGCAAGGAAUUCAGAUUCAGGAGGCUGAAACAAGAGACCAGGUGAAAAAAUUACAGGUGAUGCUAAGGCAAGCAAAUGACCAGUUAGAGAAGACAAUGAAAGAGAAACAGGAACUGGAAGACUUCAUAAAGCAGAGCACUGAAGAUGCAAGUCAUCAGAUCUCUGCACUUGUGCUAAGAGCCCAAGCAUCUGAGAUCUUACUUGAAGAGUUACAACGGGGCUUCUCCCAGGCAAAGAGGGAUGUUCAGGAACAGAUGGCAGUGCUGAUGCAGUCCCGGGAGCAGGUUUCGGAAGAGCUGGUGAGGUUACAGAAAGAUAAUGACAGUCUUCAGGGAAAGCACAGCUUGCAUGUGUCAUUCCAGCAAGCGGAAGACUUCAUUCUCCCGGACACCAUAGAGGCGCUCCGGGAGUUGGUAUUAAAAUACCGGGAGGACAUCGUUCACGUGCGGACAGCAGCCGAUCACAUGGAGGAGAAGCUGAAGGCUGAAAUACUUUUCCUAAAAGAGCAGAUUCAAGCCGAACAAUGUUUAAAAGAGAACCUGGAAGAAACUCUGCAGCUAGAAAUAGAAAACUGCAAGGAAGAAAUAGCUUCCAUUUCCAGCCUAAAAGCUGAAUUAGAAAGAAUAAAAGUAGAAAAAGGACAGCUGGAGUCCACUUUAAGAGAGAAGUCUCAACAUCUUGAGAGCCUUCAGGAAAUGAAAAUCACUUUGGAAGAACAGUUAAAGAAAGAAACUGCUGCUAAGGUUACUGUUGAACAGCUAAUGUUUGAAGAGAAGAACAAAGCUCAGAGGUUGCAGACAGAACUAGAUGUCAGUGAACAAGUCCAGAGAGACUUUGUGAAGCUUUCCCAGACCCUUCAGGUGCAAUUAGAGCGGAUCCGGCAAGCAGACUCCUUGGAGAGAAUCCGGGCCAUUCUGAAUGAUACCAAACUGACAGACAUUAACCAGCUCCCUGAGACAUGACACCCUCAUGGCAGGACUCUAGCCUGCACUUUGGGUUUUUAACUCAUCUUUAGAGCAACAUUAAUUAUUAUUUAACUCUUAACUGAAGAAGUCACACUCAAGGAAGACUGGAGAAAUGCUUGAUUCUAGUGGGCGAAGACUGCAAACAGCCGGGGUAAUCGGCAGCAAAAAGACCUUCCAAAUGGGAACACUGACCAGACUCCAGACUGGAUUCCAGCAGGUGUGGGGUCAGAUUUGGUGAUGGAGAAAGUGCUGUUUCCUUGCCUGCUUUAUCCAACAUUUCCCUACCCUAAAGCACCAUCCCAGUAGUGUUUGGAAUGACAUUUCAUGUUCAUAGCUGUUGGGAGAGAGAUUUUUUUUCUGUUGUCUAGAGUUCAUCAGUAACAGUAUUCAGCUAGCAGGCGAGAGGUGUAGUAUGCCGUAUGAAUAUUUUAUAUUAAAAUAUGAAGGUUGAGCGCAGGUCAUUGGAGUGACUGUGCUUCCUAGCUCAGUGUGUUUUUUAAAAAACCAUUUUAUCUUGUGUUGGAGGACCUUAAAUGCUAUUGAAACCUGCCUGAGAACCGUAACAAGAUGCUGGCAAACAAAACAAAACAAAACAAAACAAACCCAGUUCCUUUGGAUUGGAGCUUAAUUAUGAGAAUUUGAAAACUUGGCUGGGGCUGUAUAUAUUGGAAGUCGAGGUUAAAGGAAAGCACAAGAGACUGUUGGGAAGCACUUUUUCUGCUACCUGGGUAAAUUCUGGGUAAAUUUCGUGGGCCCACAGGUACCAGGGUCAAGCGGAACUGGCACCGUCUACUCUUUUGAGAACUGUUUUAGUUUAGCUAUCGGAUCAGUGGAAAAAAUACUAAUAAAAACAGCUGUCUGACGACAUCUAGUAUAAGUUUGUAAGUCUGCUGCUUAUUUUCAAUUUGAAUCAGUGGGCCUUAGUACUAUUUGUUUCAAAAAGUGUCAAAUACAGACAUGGUGAUCACUUGGUUUGGCAGAUACCGAUUUUGUAUUUUCCUUUCCUCACUUAGACCUGGAGUAUGAUGAUGCUUAUGGUGAAGUUGGGGAAAACGCAGUUAGUUCAGCAGUUUGGAAACCUGCUUUGUCAUUUCUGUGCGGUUCGAUUCCUCUCGGGCGUGGGGAAGGUGUCAGUGGACAGGUGGUCUUCGUGUAGCCUGGUGAAGUGUUGCAGAGGCACGGGGACGGAGUCACGUGCACUCUACCUGCAGUGCUGGCGGCCGUGGAAGGCUACACUGUUUAACUCAUCAUACAGAUGGUUCAGAAGUAAAAUUGUUGUUUUCAAAUAGUUUUUGUGAUUGGUGUUGUGUAACAGCAGAGGAUAUGAAGGAACCAGAUGGGAAUUAAGUGGACUGAGUAGAUUAUAUGGCUUCACAGUGAACUGUCUUUGUUAUCAAUGAAGUCGUAAUGGACUAGCCCUAAAGAGCUUUAGUUCUGUCUUCCAUAGGACAAGAUAAGGACGACAUACCUCAUUCCUUGGGCUGUUGCUGUAGUCACACAUUCAUGAUUAUGAAUCUGAAAGUAAAUACUAAUUAUGGAAGUAGUGCUAUAGGUUUGCCAUGCAUGAAACACGAUUUUAAUUGGUUUAAAGUCCCUUCGUAUCAAGUGCUCCUUGAUUUCCUUUAAAGGAAAACAUACAUGCUCCUUGAGUUAUAGGACAUUUUAUUAAUUCCAAAAAACGCAAUCACUUUAAAUUAUGUAAGUAUAAGAUUAGCCCCUUGGAUAAAUGCCAAGCUAAUUUGUUUCAUAUUAUUAAAAUUUUGGCACUGUAGGAGAUCCCAGGUGGCUCAGCAGAUUAAGGAUCUGCAUUGUCACUGCUGUGGCUCUGGUUGCUGCCGUGGCAUGGGUUCAAUCCCUGGCCUGGGAACUUCCACAUGCCACAGGCAUAGCCAAAAAAAAAAAAAUAUCUGGCACUGUAAAUCCAGAUGGAUAAGUCAUAGUUUUCCUGAAUGAACUGAACUACAGCUUCCAGGGAACUGCCUUGGCGGAGACUGAGCUCCGUGCUGAUGAUUUUCUCCAUGAGAUGGUAGCAGACCAAUUAAAUCACAAUUAGGGAACUGUCAGCAGUCUCUACAGUGGCAGAUGCCACUGUUGGAAAAGUAUCCUAGAAAAACCCAAAUUGAGACUCUAGGUUUUGUUAACAAUCCAUUUCUUUUGUAUGAAACACUUCUCUAAACUGGAUUUUCUGUAUCAACGGGAAACGUAUUUAGAAGGCAGGGUUUAGCCCUUCAAGAAAAAAGAUGAGUUGGGUCUCACGAGUGCUCCUGUGCUUGUAUUCCGUCUGUGUACACGUGUUCUUGCGCAUGUCUAACCUGAUUGACCUCUUACCUGUAACCCACCUUGCUUCCAUGUGGCUUUUAAUUGGCAGUCGCUCAAGCCAUUUCUAGGCAGAUGUGGUAUUACCUUUCAGAACUCAGUGACAGGUACAGAAACAUGACCUACAGCUGAAGGACAGAACCAUCCACCGUACACCAGGCUAUUUGUUUCUCCCUUUGAGGGCCUCCACGUGCACCUCGUACCCCUCCAUGGUGUAUACUGGGACACAGCGCUGGCUUAAGGUUUCAGACUCAGCUCUGAAAGGUAAUACUGCCUGUCGAGGAAGUGAGCCAGCAGUGGCCUUGCAACUGUGGAUCCUGAGCGCUGCUCUGAGCAGAUUUCAGGUAUAACCAUUUGUUAACUGUACUGAAGGCGUGUCCUUAAGAAAGUGUUCAAAUUAAAAAAGCUGCUGCCUCUA